AUGGCCGUUUUAGUUACAAGAUUUGCUCGCAGAGAUGGAAGGGAACAACAGUCUGUGUUGGUCGAGCAAAAAGCUUCCAUCAAUGGGUCUCCAGAGCUCCGGUACGAAUUGGUCGCUGGUCAUGGGGUUGAAGCCAUUGUUAAUCGUCUUAGCAAAUGGGUUGUGUUUAUUCUGUUUGCUUCCAUCAUUCUUCUGAGGCAUGAUGGUACAGCCUUGUGGGGAAUCAUUGGAUCCGUUUCGAAUGCGACUCUAUGUGUAGUACUCAAACGUAUACUUAACCAAGCGAGACCUGCUACAACCUCGCGAACUGAUCCCGGGAUGCCAUCUAGUCACGCCCAGUCUAUUUCUUACAUAUCUCUCUUUGCUAUUUUAUCUGUUUUGGAAUGGCUUGGAACCAGUAAAGUGUCUAUGUUCCUUAGCUGCCUCAUCAUCGCGUCAGGUUCAUAUUUUAUACGGUUAAGGGUUUCUCAGAAGCUUCACACAAGCAGUCAAGUGGUAGUUGGUGCAAUCGUGGGUUCUGUUUUCUGCAUCUUCUUGUACACAACGUGGAACUCGCUUCUCCUUGAAGCCUUUGAAGCAUCUCUAUUACUCCAAACAUCUGUAUUUCUGGUUGCAGCUGCACUUACACUAGCUUUUGCAAUUUUCGUUGUACUUACUUAAUCAUCCUUAAGAGUUUGUGAUACUUCAGAAGAUGGUUUUGAUGCAGUAGGAAUGUAAGACCAUG